GGUCAUAUCGAUGCUAGUGGAACUGGCAAUGACGAAUACGAAUAAAUGACGGUGACACGGAGUAGCAGAGCCCAGAGUCCCAAUUGGGCAAGUCCGCAACGUUCUUUGUCACUUCUUCCGAGAUUCUCGUCAGCGAAGGCGAAGGCUAUAUCUUCCCUUUUUGUGCUGUUUGUUAUCAUUUACUACUUUUCUUUGCUUUCAUAUAUUAGUAACGCCCUGGUCUCAGCCUUUCUUCACCUCAUUGGACUAGUGGUUUCCGUCUUCAGUCUGCGAUCAAUAAUGGCUGAUCACAGGACGACGAAGUCUGAGAUUUCGUUUGCCGGAACAUUCGCUAGUAGUGCUUUAGCUGCCUGCUUUGCCGAGCUUUGCACAAUUCCGUUGGACACUGCUAAAGUUAGGCUUCAGCUCCAAAAGAAAGCUACAGGGGAUGGUGUGGCUCUUCCUAAAUACAGGGGCAUGUUAGGUACUGUCACAACUAUAGGUAGGGAAGAAGGUCUCUCAGCCCUCUGGAAAGGCAUUGUACCAGGACUACAUCGUCAAUGUCUCUACGGAGGUUUAAGGAUUGGGUUGUAUGAACCAGUUAAGUCCUUUUAUGUUGGUAAGGAUUUUGUUGGGGAUGUUCCUUUAUCCAAAAAGAUUCUCGCUGGACUAACAACUGGUGCUCUAGCAAUUAUAGUGGCCAAUCCAACUGAUCUUGUAAAGGUUCGACUUCAAGCUGAGGGAAAAUUGCCACCUGGUGUGCCAAGACGUUAUUCUGGAGCAUUGAAUGCAUAUUCUACAAUAGUCAGACAGGAAGGGCUGGGGGCGUUGUGGACUGGGCUCGGGCCUAACAUAGCACGUAAUGCUAUCAUAAAUGCUGCUGAACUAGCCAGUUAUGAUCAAGUGAAACAGUCAAUUUUGAAAAUCCCAGGAUUCUCAGAUAAUAUUUUUACUCACCUCCUAGCUGGUUUGGGGGCAGGAUUUUUUGCAGUCUGUAUUGGCUCCCCAGUUGAUGUGGUGAAGUCAAGAAUGAUGGGAGAUCCAACCUACAAAAGUACACUUGACUGUUUCGUUAGGACUUUGAAAAACGAUGGGCCUUUGGCUUUUUACAAGGGUUUCAUCCCAAAUUUUGGUCGCCUAGGAUCUUGGAAUGUGAUCAUGUUUCUGACAUUGGAGCAGGCUAAGAAAUUCUUUAGAAGGGAAGUAGAUUGAUGGGCUAGAAGACAAUAUGAUAAACCAUUCAUGGGUGAUUUGUCUGGAGUAAAAUAAUGUCGCCCUUGCUAGUGUGUGCUCAAAAUUAUUUUUUCAUGGAUAAAGUUUAGAAUGUUUACAAACUCAAUUAGUUGCAAGCACAAUCUCAUUUCGUUUUUCCCCUUCUGUGGGAAUACUGAAGAACAAGCUGUAAUUUGAGGCUGUGUUCUAACAUUUUCAAA